ACAGGAGUGGCUUCUCUGAAACAUUAUUUGAAAAUUCACCACGCUUCUUGCUUCACCAAUUCAUCUUCCAACUAUUAUUAUUCUUUUCUUCAAUUCCACAACAUAGCAUUUCUCUAGAAGAAUACUCAUUCUGCUUCUCGUUUUUCAUGCUCUGGGUUUUUCUUUAGAACCCCCAAACCCAACCACUCGCUCUUCAUCUUUCACAUGCUUCAACAGGCAAUGUAAACAUGAGUGUUUACUUUCCUGGUUGUCAAUCUUCAAUAAAUGCUGUUGUCCUGAAAGGUCGUACUCAGCUGCUGAUGAGCAGUAACAUCUAUGGUCCUUGGUCCCGAGGAAUAUCCAGUUCAUGUUCUUCCAGUUUGUGCCCUAGUCAUUCAAAGAUAAAUCAUGUUGGUGUUUCUAUUUGCACAAAAUCGUCUUGUUCAACUAUUAUGGGUCAAACAAUGAGACGAGCUUGCCUUGGAUCAUGCUGCUCCAAGCAAAGGGGCAACAUUCAAUUCUUUAGUUCUGUAGUACGUCACAAGAGGCAUCAUGAAAUUUCAUUGGCAUGCCAAAGUAUGAAAAUGAGGCUUUUGGUACCUAAACAAAAAAUUCUUUCCAAGGUUAAGUGUAAUGUGGGACCGAUAAUUUGGCCACGAGGAUGUGCAUCAGUUGGCUUGAUUUUUGGAUUACUUGUAUGUAAUUUAAGUUCUGAACCUGCCCAUGCUGACGCAUAUUCUGAGAAUGAAAAUAGGAAGGAUGACUGCAACAAGUAUGAGUCAAACGUUAAAUUCUCACACGGGAAGAAAGUUUACACUGACUAUUCUGUAAUUGGAAUACCUGGGGAUGGGAGAUGCAUGUUCCGCUCUGUUGCUCACGGGGCUUGUUUGACGUCUGGAAAAGCCCCUCCAAGUGAAAGUUAUCAGAGAGAGCUGGCAGAUGAUUUACGGGCCAGAGUUGCUGAUGAGUUUAUCAAAAGAAGGGAAGAGACAGAAUGGUUUAUUGAAGGUGAUUUUGAUACAUAUAUUUCACAAAUAAGGAAGCCUCAUGUGUGGGGAGGUGAACCUGAAUUGUUCAUUGCUUCACAUGUUUUGAAGAUGCCAAUCACCGUGUACAUGUAUGAUCAGGAUGCUGGUGGCUUAAUAUCAAUUGCUGAGUAUGGCCAAGAAUACGGCAAGGAAAAUCCAAUUAGAGUUCUCUAUUAUGGGUUUGGUCAUUAUGAUGCAUUAGAGAUUCCGGGAAGGAAGGGUCCUAAACCUCGAUUAUAACAUUUCAUAUUUCAUAUUUCAAAUAUGGAAGAGAUUAAACCCCAUAUCGAUUUCCUUUGGUAACAUUUAUAAUGUCAUGUAUCCAGUGGCAAGAGGCCUGAAAUGCAACAUCAUGCCUUUCAGGUCUUGGAGGACCAAAUGGUCUAAGGCCUGAUAUUUACUUUAUUGCCGUGCUAUGCACAUGGCUGUUUGCAUUCUGUUUUUUGUUGGUCUGAAUGAAAAAUAGGCUUUAACUUCAAGUGGACCUUAAAAGGUUCAAACUUUCCACUAUCUACUUUAAGCCCUUUUGGUGAAAGGUAAAAAUAGUGGUCUCUCCUGUCUCGUACUCCACCACUAACUAAGGAGCUGUGCAUGUUUAUC